UUUUUUUUCAAUCGUCGCUCUUUCGUUCGUUUCGUUUGUUUGGUUGAUCGACCAUGUCCAGCGACCACGAUGACGACGACGACUAUGUCGACGCUGACGCUCGCAAGCCGCUGAUUGCCAACCGCGGCGCAAGUCCAUCAGCCGACGCUGCCAUCAUUGACGUGCCAGAGAGCAAGGGCAAGGGCAAGGGCAAGGGCAAGGGCAAGGGCAAGGGCAAGGAGGCGAACGAUGAAGCGAGCGCCACGAGCGACUCAUCCCCACUCCUCACGGCGUCCACCUCCGACACCAAGGACGACAAGGACACCAAGGACACCAAGGACAAGGACGACAAGGACAAGAAGGAAGACGAAAAGUCGGCCCCGUUCAGCCAGCUCUUCCGCUUUGCAGACGGGAUUGACGGCCUGCUCAUGUUCUUUGGCCUGCUGGGCAGCGUUGUCGGAGGCGCCGCGUUGCCCUUCUACUCUUACUUUUUCGGCGACGUCGUCGACUACUUUGGCGAGUUUAUGGCUGGCAAGAUCACCUCCGACGAGCUCGAGUCCAAGAUCCAGACCUACCUGUAUUACUAUCUGAUUCUGGCGAGCGGCAUCUUCUUUACGGGCUGGAUGCAGAUGGCGCUGUGGAUGAUCACCUCGGAGCGCCAGGCCCGCCGCAUCCGCAUCCGCUUCCUUGCCGCCGUCUUGCGCCAGGACAUUGCCUGGUUUGAUGGCCAGCAGUCGGGCGGCGUGGCCACCCGCAUCUCGAGCGACUCGCAAAUGAUCCAGGACGGCAUUGGCGAGAAGGUCGGUGUCUUUGUCUACUCGGUGUGCGCCUUCAUUGCCUCGUUUGCGGUCGGCUUUAUUCGCGGCUGGAGGCUGACGCUCGUCCUGCUGUCGGUCGUGCCGCUGAUUGUCAUCACGGUGGGCAUUCUCGGCAAGAUGAUGCAGACGCUCACCAACGAAGGGCAGACCGUGUACGCUGCCGCCGGCGUCGUCGCCGAAGAGGCCUUGUCUUCCGUGCGCACCGUGAUUGCGUUCUCUGGCGAGCAGCGCGAGACCAAUCGCUACGCCAAGAACCUGGUUGCUGCUGCCAAGAUUGGCUACAAGAAGGCGCACUACACUGGUCUGAGCGUCGGUGCACUGUUCUUUAUCAUCUUUGCCGCAUACGGCCUCGCAUUCUGGUAUGGCGGCAAGCUGAUUCUCGACGGUGACAUGUCUGCUGGUGACAUUACCGCGACCUUCUUUGCGGUGCUGAUGGGCGCCUUCUCGCUCGGUGGUGCUGCGCCCGCUGCUGGCGCGUUCGCUUCGGCAAAGGGCGCUGCUUACAAGGUCUUUGCAAUCAUCGACCGCAAGUCGCCCAUCGAUUCCCUGUCGCCCGAGGGUCGUCGCAUCACCCAUGUGACCGGCGAGAUUGAGUUCCGCAACAUUUCCUUUGCCUAUCCUUCUCGCCCCGAUGUGCAAAUCCUGAACAACAUGAACUUGACCAUUGCGCCCUCCAAGACGGUUGCUCUUGUUGGCUCGAGCGGCUGUGGCAAAAGCACAACGGUCGGCCUGCUGCAACGCUUUUACGAUCCGUUGAAUGGCCAGGUGCUGGUGGACGGCGUUGACGUUCGCGAGUGGCACCUUGGCACGCUGCGCUCGCACAUUGGCACGGUUUCCCAAGAGCCCAUCCUCUUCAACGACACCAUUUUCAACAACAUUGCUCAGGGCAAGCCAACCGCGUUUGAGGAGAGUGAGCUCGAUCUCGAUGUCGAGUCCUCGCGCCGUCUGUACUCGGCCUCGUUCGACGAGGUGCAGGCUGCGGCCAAGCUCGCCAACUGCCACGAUUUUAUCAUGUCCUUGCCAGAGCAGUACCAAACGAUUGUCGGCGAUCGCGGCAUCCAGCUUUCUGGCGGCCAGAAGCAGCGCGUUGCCAUUGCCCGCGCGCUGGUUCGCAACCCUCGCAUCCUGUUGCUCGACGAAGCCACGAGCGCCCUCGACGUGGAGAGCGAAAAGCUCGUGCAAGACGCCCUCGACCGUGCGAGCAAGGGCCGCACAACCAUUGUCAUUGCUCACCGUCUCUCGACCAUCCGAAAUGCGGACGUGAUUGCCGUGGUCAACAAGGGCGCGGUGGUCGAGCAGGGCACGCACAACGAGCUGCUGGCCUUGCCUGACGGCUUUUACGCCAAUCUUGUGGGCAAGCAGAUGAUGCGCCUCGCGACAGCUGGCAAGGUUUCUUCGUCGGGCGAAGUCGACAUGAACCUGAUUGACUUUGACUUGGAUUCCGAGGGGUCUGCGGAUGCGGCGGCUGAGAAGCCCGCCACCACCACCGCCACCGCACAUUCCUCCGACAAGUACCAGUCACAAAAGUCGUACCACUCGCAAAAGUCGCGAACCAUCGAGCCCGGCCACCUUGAGCAUCUGGUCGGCGACGACGCCGACUACGCUGGCAUGAGUGACGACGUCGAGGACUCGGACGAAGACACGCGAAAGGCCAAGGAGCUCGCGGCCAAGGUUUCGUUUACGCGUGUCUACCGCUACCACCGGCCCGAGAUCUUGCUCGUCAUUUUUGCCACGCUUGCCGCUUCCAUCAACGGCGCCGUCUUCCCGGUCUUUGGUCUGGUUUUCAGCGAGAUUAUCAACGUCUUCAACCAGCCCGACAGGCACUCGCUCUCGUCCGACACGAGCACUUGGGCGAUGGCCUUUGUGUUUAUUGGUGUGGGCGCCUUCAUUUUCAACUACUCUGACACCACGCUCUUUGGCAUUGCCGAAGAAAAGCUGACCAUGCGCCUGCGUCGCCUGUGCUUUGAGAACAUUCUCAAGCAGAACGUCGGGUUCUUUGACCACGAGGACCACUCGACGGGUGUGCUGACCACUCGGCUCGCGACGGACGCCACGCUGGUCAAGGGCCUGUCUGGCAGCCGCGCCGCCCACUUUGUCCAAAUGUGCGUCAGCCUGGCCACCGGCUUGGUGAUUGCCUUCCUUUCCGGCUGGAAGCUGACGCUCGUUGUCCUGUCCUGCAUGCCGCUGAUGGUCGCCGCAGCCUUCUUGCAGAUGCGUGCCAUGACUGGGUUUUCGGCCGACAGCGCUCGCAGCUACCAAAAGUCUGGCCAGGUGGCCACCGAGGCCGUGCAGUCCAUGCGAACGGUCGCCUCGCUGCACUCGGAACGCCGAUUCCUGCGCAAGUACAAGGAGUUUCUCAGGAAGCCCUACCGCCUCGGUCUUCGUCGCGCGGUCGUGGCGGGCGUGGGCUAUGGCGUCGCCCAGGCUGCACAGGUGCUCAUUGACGGCAUUUCGUUCUACUAUGGAUCCGUGCUGGUGGCGCGGGGCGAGCUGGAUUUCCUGGCCAUGAUGCGCAUCUACUCGGGCAUCACCUUUGCCUUCCAGGCGAUCGGACAGAGCGCCUCCAUGCUCGGCGAUGUCACCAAGGCCAAGGCUGCUGCCGCCCGUGUGUUUGAGCUCAUGGACGUCGACAGCGCCAUUGACUAUUCCAAGACCGACGGCCAAGUCGUUCACUCUGCCAAGGGCACCGUGCAGUUUGACAAUGUUGGCUUCCACUACCCCAGCCGCACGGACGUCGAAGUGCUCAAGAACAUGUCCUUUGAUGCACCGCUCCAAAAGCGCAUUGCUGUUGUUGGCGGCAGUGGCUGUGGCAAGAGCACCAUCAUUUCGUUGAUUGAGCGCUUCUACGAUCCCCAGACGGGCACUGUCAACUUUGAUCGCGUCAACAACAAGGACUUCCAAGUGCACUCGUACCGCCAGCAGAUGGGCUAUGUCGGCCAAGAGCCGAUCCUAUUCAGCGGCUCCAUCAAGAGCAACAUUGCGUAUGGUCUUUUGGAUACUGAGCUGUACAAGGACGGCAACUGCGACGAAAUCGGCCAGAAUGUCUCGCACGAAGCGAUUGUCGAAGCCGCAAAGGCUGCCAACAUUCACGACUUUAUCAUGACGCUCCCGGACAAGUACGACUCUGAUGUCGGUGAGAAGGGCAGCAAGCUGUCAGGUGGCCAAAAGCAGCGUAUUGCCAUUGCUCGAGCUCUUUUGCGAUCGCCGAAACUGUUGCUGCUUGACGAGGCGACGAGCGCACUCGACGCAGAGAGUGAAAAGGUUGUCCAGGCUGCGCUUGACAAGGCCGCGGAAGGGCGCACGACGAUCGUGAUCGCGCACCGGUUGUCCACCAUCCAGAACGCGGAUGCUAUCGUGGCCCUCAAGAAUGGCCAGGUGGCUGAGCGUGGUACUCACGAAGAGCUGAUGGCCAUUCGCGGCGGUGUCUAUCAGACGCUCGUCAGCAAGCAGUUGUCUCAAGUCACGCAUUAAGAGUUGUUUUGUUGUUUUUGUUGUUUUUCUUGUCUCUGUUUCUGUUUCUGUUUUUUUCUUUUCAGUCACGCAUGCUCUUGACUCGUUCUGAUCAUGUUGUGUUUUUAUGUGUUUUUGUAAACUUUGAGUGUUCCAAAGGAGCCUUGUCAAAUUCAUUUUCCU